AUGGUAACCCACACACUGAUAUUGCUACGCCACGGGGCUAGCGACUGGACGUGCAAGAACCUUUUCAAUGGCUGGGUUGAUACUAAACUCAGCGACAAGGGCCGCGAAGAUGCGAUCAAGGCAGGGAAACUCAUGUUGGAGCACAACCUUUUGCCAGACGUUGUAUACACAUCAUGCCUAUCUAGGGCUAUUCAAACAGCAAACAUUCUGCUGGAAGUUGUUGAUCGGUUGUCGGUCAACGUGAGACACAGCUGGCGCUUGAACGAGCGACACUACGGCGCCCUCCAGGGCCAGAACCGGAAAGAGGUUGCUCAGGAAUACGGCCAGGAAAAGUAUAUGCUCUGGCGGAGGUCAUAUGAUGUUGCACCGCCUCCAAUUGAUGACGAUUGCGAAUUCUCGCCCGUGCAUGACGCCAGGUAUAGUGGGCUACCGAACGAUACGAUUCCGCGCACCGAGUCCUUGAAAGAUGUCGAAGCCCGACUGGUUCCCUACUUCAACGACGUCAUUGGCAAAGAUAUCAAGCAUGGAAAGGUAGUGCUUGUGAUUGCACACAGCAAUUCCUUACGGGCGCUAGUCAAGCACAUCGACAGCAUCGACGAUCAGGACAUUGUUGACGUGAAUAUCCCAAAUGCCAUGCCCCUAAUCUACGAGCUGAACGAUGACCUACGUCCGGUAAAAAGUGGCUACUACUUGGAUCCUGAGACUGCCGCCGAGGCUGCUGAAGUGGUUGCAAACCAAGGCAACUGA